UCAGUACAGGUAACGCAGAAGCAACACAGUAAGGUUAAUGUAUUUGAAUUAUCGUCGUCCUUGUUCGUGACAGGAAUGAUCGUUCGGUUUCAGUUCGAAUUGAUUGAUUGAUUUUUGCUUGCAUAUCUUUCUUUUGAUCUCGGGAGAUAGAAAGUAAGAUAAUGAUGUAAAUACCAAAACAUGUAUCACGUGUGCAUAUCAGUUACGUAACUACACAUGUAAGUUCAUUAGGUGGAAAUACGAAUGUAUGUACAUGAAUUAUAGACUUUGACGUCUUGGUGGUUUCAAUACGAAGGUGCAGAGUCAAAAUUCAAUUGAUAGUCUUUUAAAGGUAAAAAUUACGUCAUCGGUGACACAAAAACGUAAUUUUAAUGUUGACAUCGACUAGCAAAUUUUUAGGGGUAAAUUUUGAAAAGAACGGAAGAUUUGAAUUAUUAACGGAAUGGACGGAAGAGGGAUUAAAAAUCAGGAGAUUUAGACUCCCGCCGGAAGAAUCACAUGAUUACAUUACUCAAACUAUGGCAUUGGGUAUAGAAAAAAUGAAGAAAAUUAUAGAGAACUUGAAACCUGUUCCCUUACCGGAGCAUGAUGGAGUUUGUUAUCCAUCAUUCAUUACAUUCAGAGAGAAAGGAGCAGCACAAACUUUACAAGAUAACACUAAUUUCCAGUCAAGAGAAACAGAUAUAAUGAUAUGCACGUACCCAAAAUCAGGAUCACAUUGGAUCAACGAAAUUACCAAUAUGUUAAUCCGAAAAAAAGCAGAACUCGAUAAUUUAACCAAAGCUUCGACGAUGCUGGAAACCAUUUCCGAUUUUUCCGUCACGGAUAUCCUUCCAUCGCCUAGACUUCUCAACACUCAUUGUCAGUUUCAGUAUCUACCGAAGAAACACAUUGAAAAUAGAAGCAAGAUAAUUCACUUGAUUAGAAAUCCGAAAGACACUUGUGUAUCGUAUUAUCAUCAUUCCAGGAAGGAACAUAUAUUUCUCAGCUUUUUUGGAACUUGGAAUGAGUUUUUCGACAUGUGGAUGUCAGGAAAAUGUGCUUAUGGAUCAUGGUACACUUAUGAAAAGGAAAUUGAACAAGCAGAGAAAGAUUUCCCUGGAAUGAUCUUCACUUGCUCUUAUGAGGAAAUAAAAAAGGACCCAAAAGCAGAGAUAAGGAAGCUAGCCGAUUUCCUAGAAGUACAAUGCACAGAUACACUUAUAGAAGACAUUGCAAAAGCAACAUCAUUUGAGAACAUGAAAGAAAAUAAGGUAGAUUUAUCGAAAGCAGCGGACGGAAUAACACACAUAUAUAGAAAAGGAAUUGUUGGAGACUGGAAAAACCACUUCACAGUAGCACAAAAUGAACAAUUUGAUGCCCAAUAUGCUGAAGAGUUUCAGGACAGUUCAUACAAAUAUAUGUUUGAUUAAAAAUUGUGUCAUUUGG